AUGGCCAACGAUACAAUCCUUAGUCUUGAUGGUCAGGAGGAGAGUCGCGCCUCCUUGACUGGAGAUUUUGAUGACAAGUACACCCUAGAUUCUGAUAACAAGUUUGUUGUGAUUUUCAUUGACGACAUUCUUGUGUACUCGCGGUCCGAGGAGGAGUAUGAUCAACACAUUCGUAUCGUUUUACAGUCACUUCGUGAAUGUCAAUUAUAUGCCAAGUUUGGGAAGUGUGAGUUAUGGUUGACCAAAGUGGUAUUUUUGGGUCAUGUUGUAGAAGUCGUUGACAUCCUAUUAGAUCCCCAAAAUAUUAAGGUAGUGAUGGAGAGGGAACCGCCUAAGAAUGUCACUGAAGUGCACAGUUUCUUAAACCUUACAGGGUAUUACUAUCAUUUCAUUAAGGGUUUCUCUAUGAUUGCAUCACUAUUAACCAAGCUACUUCAGAAACGAGUUCUUUUUGUAUGGAACGAGAAGCGCCAAGAGAGCUUCGAACUGUUGAAGUAG